CCUCCCUGAGGUCACAGGUCGCAGCAAUCAACCCACAAGUCCCGAUGGGCCCUGCGGGGGACGCGGCGAGGCCCGGGCGCUUCUUCGGCGUCUACCUGCUCUACUGCCUGAACCCUCGGCACCGGGGUCGCGUCUACGUGGGGUUCACCGUCGACCCUGCUCGUCGGGUCCGGCAGCACAACGGGGGCCGCAAAAAAGGCGGGGCCUGGCGGACCAGCGGACGCGGGCCCUGGGAGAUGGUGCUUAUCGUGCACGGCUUCCCUUCCGCCGUGGCCGCCCUUCGGUUCGAGUGGGCCUGGCAGCACCCGCACGCCUCGCGCCGCCUGGCGCACGUGGGCCCGCGCCUGCGCAGCGAGGCCGCCUUCGUUUUCCACCUGCGCGUGCUGGCGCACAUGCUGCGCGCGCCGCCCUGGGCGCGCCUCCCGCUCACCGUGCGCUGGCUGCGCGCCGACUUCCGACGUGAGCUGUGCCCGCCGCCGCCGCCGCACAUGCCGCUGGCCUUCGGGCCUCCGCCGCCCCGCGCCUCGGCGACGGGGCGCCGAGCCGGCCCCUUAGCUGACCCGGAGUCCGAACCCGACCAAGACGCCGAGGCCAGCUGCGCCCUGUGCGCGCGCUCCUUCCAGGAUGAAGAGGGCCCCCUGUGCUGCCCCCACCCUGGCUGCCACCUAAGAGCCCACAUGAUCUGCCUAGCGGAGGAGUUCCUGCAAGAGGAGCCAGGGCAGCUUCUGCCCCUAGAGGGCCAGUGCCCGGGCUGUAAGAACUCACUGCUGUGGGGAGACCUGAUCUGGCUGUGCCGGAUGGGCGCCGAGGAGGAAGAGGAGGACUUGGAAUUAGAAGAGGAACACUGGACAGACAUGCUGGAGACCUGAUCCUCAGCGCCCCCAACCCUCUGCCUCCCCUGUGGGUCUGGGCACUUUUUACUUGAGUACAAUAAAGAGUCUGAGUUAAGGGAA